CAGAAGCGAGAAAAAACAGAACACCGAAAAUUGCUCAGACAAGAAAUGGCUCAACAUUGUCAAAUGUUAAGAGAUUUUUGCUGAUUGAUUCUCAGAUGUUGGUAAAAAUGUCAUCGAAUCUCCCCUCCACUCUCUUCCAUUGCCUCGUUUUCAUCUCAAUCAUUCUCCUUUACCUCUACUCUUCACUCCUCUCACCACCCUCUUCUAAACCGCCACCUCCUCCACCGCCAUCCCUUGCGACCGACAAAAAAGUCUCUUCCAAUUCCACCCCUUGCAAUCUUUUCAAGGGCAAGUGGAUCCUCCAGAACCCCAACAGCCAGCGGCCCUUGUACGAUGAAACUUGCCCUUUUCACAGAAACGCCUGGAACUGCUUCAAGAACCAGAGGGCCCACAUGGGAAUGAUCAAUGCGCGGCAAUGGGUGCCCGAACAAUGUGUUAUGAACCGGAUCGACCCGGAGAGGUUUCUAGGUCUCAUGAGGAAUAAGAAUAUUGGGUUUAUUGGUGACUCUUUGAAUGAGAAUUUUAUUGUGUCGUUUUUGUGUGUACUUCGGACGGCGGAUGAUGGCGCCCGGAAAUGGAAGACAAAAAGGGCCUGGAGAGGAGGUUAUUUUCCUAAAUAUAAUGUUACUGUUGCAUAUCAUCGAGCUGUUUUGCUUGCAAGAUACAGGUGGCAGCCAAAACAGUCUGAGGACGGUGAUCAAGAUGGAUUGAAAGGAAUAUAUCGGGUAGAUGUUGAUACCCCUGCAGUUGAAUGGACCAACGUCACCGACUUCUAUGAUGUCCUUGUUUUCAACACUGGCCAUUGGUGGGGUUAUGAUAAAUUCCCGAAGGAGAAACCACUUGUCUUUUACCGUGAGGGGAAACCGAUAAAUCCCCCUCUUGAGAUGUCAGAUGGAUUCAAGGUUGUUCUUGAGAAUAUGGUCUCAUACAUACAAAAGGAAGUUCCUAGCAAGACACUCAAGUUCUGGCGUUUGCAAUCACCAAGGCAUUUUUAUGGUGGCGAGUGGAAUCGAAACGGUAGUUGCUUGCUUGAUAAGCCCCUCGAGGAAGACCAGCUUGACUUGUGGUUCGAUCCCAGCAACAAUGGAGUGAAUAAAGAGGCAAGGCAACUUAAUCGUGUGAUUCAAGAAGCGUUGCAAAGCACGGAUAUUGAAGUACUUGAUCUGACUCAUUUGAGUGAGUUCAGAGCAGAUGCUCAUCCAGCGGUUUGGUUAGGAAAGAAGGAUGCUGUGGCAAUCUGGGGACAGGACUGCAUGCAUUGGUGCUUACCUGGUGUCCCUGACACAUGGGUUGAUAUAUUAUCAGAAAGGAUCCGUAAUAGACUGGAAACACGGUGAUGAAGAGUCAAAAAUAUACCGGCAAGUUGUUAUAUAAUUUAACAGAUAUGUCUGGAAAUGCUGUGCUGCCUCUUACCAUGCGUGUCGAAGAAACGAAGUAGAGAAACUUGGUACCGGAGCACAUUAGCUAACACUGCAGUUCAACCUGGUGCUAUGAAUGAGAAUAGAAUCUUCAGAUGGAAGCAGCUUUCUGUUUUCUUUAUUUAA